AUGUCUUCAAUCGCGCAACCGGUCACUGUAUCGCUGAACGAUCUCAAGGAGGGUAACAUCCCCUUUGAGACUUUACAGAAAGCAUUCGGCCCCGAUUCUUUGGGUAUUUUGGUCGUCAAGGAUGUGCCGACUGAGUUUGCUCACUUGAGGCAUCAAACGUUGUCUUAUGCCUCUUACCUUGGCAACUUGCCCGAGCAAGAGUUGGCCAAAAUCGAGAAUGUCAAGGCCAAAUACCUGACGGGCUGGUCUCUCGGCAAGGAGACUCUCAAGGACGGCCAGGUAGACACCUUCAAGGGCUCGUACUACGCAAACUGCGCAUUCUACGUUGACGCCACUCUCAACUGUGCCAAGCCCACGGCGGAGUUCAACGAAGACAACUUCCCCGAGUACCUGUCGCCCAACGUCUGGCCAUCCCAGGACGUCCUCCCCGGGUUCAAGCCGAGUCUCGAAAGCCUGUGCAAAGUUAUCAUCGACACAGCCGUCCUCGUCGCGCGGGCCUGCGACAGGUUCGCCGAGACGGAGAUCCAGGGCUAUCCGAAGGGAUACCUUGAGCAUGUCGUCAGCACUUCUACUACCACCAAGGCACGCCUGCUGCACUACUACCCGCAGACUCAGGCAGACCUGGACAAGAUUGGUGCCAACGAUGAUUCCUGGUGCGCCGAGCACCUGGAUCACGGCUGUCUCACGGGCUUGACAUCCGCCAUGUUCAUCGACGAGAAGGAGACCUCGCCAGCGGUGCCGGAAGUCAGCAACAGCACGUCAGCCAGCUUGCCCCCGUUGGCAGAGCUGCCAGCGUCGCCCGAUCCGACGGCCGGCCUGUACAUCCGCUCCCGCAGCGGGGAGACGGUGCAGGUCAAGAUCCCGCGUGACGGCAUUGCCUUCCAGACGGGCGAAACCCUGGAACGCAUUACCGGUGGCAAGUUCAAGGCGGUGCCGCACUUUGUGAGAGGCGUCAAGGCGUCCGUCAGCGAUGGUCGCGUUGCGCGCAACACGCUGGCGGUCUUCACUCAGCCUAACCUGGGCGAGGAGGUUGACAUGGAGCAGCACAUCAACUUUGGCGAGUUUGCCCGCGGCAUUGUGGCCAAGAACACGGUGUCAUGA